AUGGUUGUUCCCUACUGGAAGCAACGACCCGGGCGUUAUGCCCUCUUUUUAUGGGGGGAACUCUUUUUAUUCUGGAGCAUUUCACAAUCACCAGUGCUUCUGGCUUUAGUGGCAGGACAAUCAGCUGCGAUUAUGGAGAAUGUGUCGGAUGACGUUAUAGUGGGUAGAUGCAUUGCUGUGCUUAAGGGCAUAUUUGGUAAUGCUUCGGUGCCACAACCCAAGGAGACUGUGGUUACUAGAUGGCGCGCAGAUCCCUGGGCUCGUGGCUCCUACAGCUUCGUCUCGGUUGGUUCGUCUGGUUCCGAUUAUGAUCUACUCGCUGCACCAGUCAUACCGCCAAAUGCUAAUGGCACUAGCCCCGAUGAAGAUACCAAGGAGAUGCCAAGAUUGUUCUUUGCAGGUGAACACACUAUCCGUAACUAUCCGGCCACCGUCCAUGGAGCAUUUUUGAGCGGACUUCGCGAAGCCGGACGUAUUGCUGAUUUUUUCAUGGGCUUCCCUGAAGGAUCCACACCAGUUGCUGAAACCAAGCCGGCUGAAUAA